UCUUAGGAUAAACAGAUAUUUUUGAGAUAGAACAUUGUAAGUUUCUGUGCAUCGUUUGUGAUUUUUAAAAGUCAUGGAUUGCGAAAAUAUAACUAAUAGUCGAACUCUUCCAAAAUUAAAUGGAGUUGUACAACCUUUAUUGACAGAUUUAUACCAAAUAACUAUGGCAUAUGCUUACUGGAAAAGCAGCAAAUGUAAAGAUUACGCAGUGUUUGAUUUGUUUUUUCGAAAAAAUCCAUUCAGUGGCGAAUUUACAGUUUUUGCUGGAUUAGAAGAAUGCUUGAAAUUUUUAGAGAACUUCCGCUAUUCCGACAGUGACAUUGAAUACUUGAAAAGAAUUCUGCCAUCAUGCGUCGAACCAGCAUUUUAUGAAUUUCUGAAGGAGCUAACAGCUAAAGACUUAAAAGUUUAUGCAAUCCCAGAAGGUACUGUUGUUUUUCCUCGAGUUCCUCUUUUGCGUGUGGAAGGUCCUCUACCGGUCACACAGCUUCUUGAAACGUCUUUCUUAACGCUUGUGAAUUAUGCCAGCUUAGUUGCUACAAAUGCAGCUAGAUAUAGGAUAGCUGCUGGACCCGACAUUCAGUUGCUGGAGUAUGGAUUGCGGCGAGCUCAGGGCCCCGAUGGCGGACUGUCAGCCUCCAAGUAUGCCUAUAUUGGUGGGUUUGAUGGUACAAGCAAUGUCCUAGCUGGUAAAAUGUACGACAUACCAGUGAAAGGCACUCAUGCUCAUGCAUUUGUUAUGUCCUAUUCCUCAUUAGAUGACUGCAAAUUAAACAUUCUCCUAGAUAGAAAUCGUGGUGUUGAUGUUGAUUUCUUGGAACUAUGUAAGAAGUAUCGCUCUGAACUCUCUUCUCUGUUGCAUAUUUUGAAGGACGAAGCCAGUGACGGGGAGCUUGCAUCAUUCAUCGCAUACGCGGCCUCUUUUCCCGACAAUUUUUUGGCCCUGAUAGAUACAUAUGAUGUCAAAAAAAGUGGCUUGCUGAAUUUCUGUGCCGUUGCUUUAGCGCUGAAUCAUUUAGGCUACAGAGCACUCGGAGUGCGCAUCGACAGCGGUGAUUUAGCGUACCUCUCCAAAGUCGCAAGUGAAACGUUCAACAGAGUUGCUACAAAAUAUGCUCUGCCAUGGUUCAAAAAUCUGACUAUUGUAGCAAGUAAUGAUAUCAAUGAGGAGACCAUUAUAUCAUUAAAUGAACAGGGCCACAAAAUAAGUAGCUUCGGUAUCGGUACACACCUGGUGACUUGUCAGAAGCAACCAGCUUUGGGGUGCGUGUAUAAGCUAGUCGAAGUGAAUUCCAGGCCGUGUAUCAAGCUGAGCCUCGAUGUUGAAAAAGUCACCAUUCCAGCCUGCAAGUCUGCAUACAGACUUUUUGGCAAAGAUGGCCACGCUUUGAUUGAUCUUUUGCAAAUGAAUGAUGAGCCUCCACCUGAAAUAAAUCAAAGAGUGUUAGUGCGACAUCCGUUUCAGGAGUCUAAACGUGCAUAUGUGCAACCGGUUGAUGUACAGAACUUGUAUGAGUUGUGUUUCCGAGAUGGAAAGAUUUGUACGAAUCUCCCUGUGUUGUCUGACAUCAGAGGAAGAGUCCAGGCCUCCUUAGGCUCGUUGAGAUCCGAUAUAAAACGAAAUCUCAAUCCAACUCCUUACAAAGUUUCAGUAUCAGGCCAAUUAUAUAAUUUCAUGCAUGAUUUGUGGCUCAAAAAUGCUCCUAUCGGGGAGUUAUUAUGA